AUGCUCAGCCCGGGCAGCGCUGAGUGUGCUGCAGUCAGUGUCAAUGCUGCGCCCCAAUUCAGCAACGCUAAUCCCCAGUGCCUCGCUCAAGCCGCCUGGGGUAGGGGUUUCGUCCAGGUCAUGAAGUCAACAUUCAGGUGGGGCAGUGGACACGAAGCAGUCACUAGCCAGACACAGUAA